AUGAGCUUUGAUCGUGAAAAUCAUACCUUACCGCUACCCAAAAAAUCUAUUUUAAAACAAAGCCAAGAAUCUCAAUUUGAUUUUGACGCGUCACAAAAUAGUAAUAAUAAUGUUGAUAUACCUAAUACUAUAACAGAUGUUUCUCUAAUUGAUGAAAAAGAGCAUUACGAAAGAGAUAAUAAUACCACUUCAAGGAUAAAUCUGGUAUCUAAAAGAAAAAUCAGUUUUGCACCAGAUGUAACAUUACACAGUUUUUCAAUAAUCAAAGAUGACAAUGGAAAGAGUUCUCCAUCCAGUGAGAAUAAAAGAAAUUCAGAGUCUACUUCACAGAAUGGCGCUGAAUUUGAGGAUAUUGGAUUCGCUACUUCAACACAGGUUUCUCCAAACAAACAUUCAUUAUUACAUCUUGAAACUACAGAUGACACUUCCAUGGAUCUGACUCAAUUGGUUUCUAAUAACACCAUCAAGAUGAAAAAUAUUUCUUCUACAAAUUAUAUUACCAAUAAUGAUACAAUGGAAUUGACUCAAUUAGCGGUUGAAACUCCUAUUAAUGGUACAUCCAAUAAUAAUGAUGGAAAUACUAUGGAAUUAACACAAAUAUCACCAAUAGUUCCAAAUCUUCUUGAAAAUAAAGAUGCAGUAGAUAAUAAUACAAUGGAGUUCACUCAAAUAGCAACUACAGGAUCACAAAUUCGUUCACCGAACAAGACCCAAGAUAUUGGGAGCGGAGGAAAUUCUACUACAAAAUUUUCUGAAACAAGUUCUAAAUUUAUUCCAAAUAAUGAGACAAAUACGGAAUUAACUGAAAUACAAUUAAUCCAUAAUGCCACUCAUAAUAAUAUCCAGCAAAAGGAUUUAACAAUGGAGUUUACUGAAAUUCCAAAAAUUAUCACCUCCCCUGCUAAUCAAAAUAAAAAUAUCAUUGAUGAUAAAUCGCGACAAACAAAUUUAUCUUCAACUUCUAAUUCGAAUGAAGAUACAGAAAAUAGUAUGGAAUUUACUCAACUCCAAUUACCCACCAUAUAUAAUAAAACUUCGAAUACUGUUAUUAAUGUAAAUAAUGAUGAUCACACAAUGGAAUUUACACAACUACAACACACAAAUUCUCAAAUAAAGAACGAUUCUAUGGAAAUAACUCAACUACAGUCUACAUCUACUACAAUAAAGACACCAAAAAAAUCGUUGAAUAACAAUAAAUCAGAUAACAUUAUCACGAAAAAAAGAAAAUUAAAUACCCCUCCAAGAUAUAUUGACCCAUCCCAUACAGCAAUACCCAAACGUCAACAUAAACCAUCUAUUGAAUUAAAUAACUCUGAUACUUCUGACAGUCUUAAUAAGAACCUUCCGAACAAUAAUUCGAGAAGAGAUUCUGAUAUUAAUUUAAACCAAAUGGAGAGGUUAUCUCCCGUAAAGAUUAAAGGUAUCAAUGAUUUUAUACCAAGUUCACGCAAAGACUUAAAGACCAAAAUCACUGAUUCUUUUCCAACACAAAUAUCUCUAACUCAAUUUUUUAGAGAUAUUGAAUGUAAUUUAGAUAUUGAUUCAUUUAAUAUUAAAUCAUUAUCAAAUACGAGAAUAAAAUUUCCAGUUGAUUCCAACAACAAUAAGAAUAUUCGAUUAAAAAAUUGUUUAAUCAAUUUAUAUUUAAAUAUACCUAUGAUUGAAAUCAAUUCCCUAAUUUGUAAUGAACUGACUUCAAAAAUUAAUCAAUCUAAAAAAGAAUUUGAAUUCUUAAAUGAACAAAUAUCGAAGCAAAAUAUUGAUAAUUUACCAAAUUUAUUAAAGUCAUUUUAUAAUUGUAAUAAUGUAGAAGAUAAGAAAAAAUUAAUUAAAGACUUGAGUUUAACUAAAGAUAUCGCAAGUUUAAAUGCACACAAUGAUUGGCUUGUGUGGCACACUAAUAAUUUAAUAAAUGUCAAUGAGAAUUUAAAUGAAAAUAUAUCUAUUUUAAAAGAGCGACUUAAAGAAUUAGAUAAAGAUUUACAAACCGCUAAUGACAUAAAAUUGGAUGUCAUGAAUUUAAAGGAUCAGAUAAUGACAAAAAUGAACUCAUUGAAAAAUAAAUUAGGUACUAACACAACUUUACCAAAUGUGUCAUACAAUUCUGAACUUAUAGAAAGAAAAAUUGAAUUAAUUCGGUUAAAGAAUAAGUUUAAAGAACAAAAAAUUAAGGUCAAUGAUUUGAGUGUUUUAAAAUAUGAAAAAAAUAAAUUAUUAAUAAAACUUUCAGAACAAAACAGAUUAUUAUCACAAAUGAAUUCAAAGGCUAAUAAUAAUAAUAAUAAUAGUAUGGAAAAAUUUUUAGCAUUACAAAAUUUAACACAAAUAAAAUUAAUUUCAUUUGUAGAUUAUUUUAUUACAAUUAAAUUUAUUGAGAAGAUAAUACUUGAUGAACCUAUUGAAUUAAUUUUAAAACUUAACAUUUUAAAUUCAACUUAUACCAUAUCUGUUGAUUGCUCUGAUAAAUCUACCAAAUCAUUUAUUUUGUCGUAUUUCCAAACAGCUUUCCACCAGAUAAAAUUAAAAUUUGAUAAUAAUAAUAGAUUAAUUAAAAAUAAAAAUUUAUCUCUUAUUAAAUCCUUCUAUCAAAAUUUUUGGGAGUCCAGAAAAUUAUUAAAACAAUUCAAUCUUAUUAAUUAUCUCUUUGAUACAAAUAUUAAGCAAGAAAAGGAUAAGUUUUUUUUACAACUAAUAGAUAAAGAUUUUACGCAUAAUGCUACUCCCGUUAUUUAUCAGAUAUCUCUUGUUGAAUUAUUUUAUCAUUAUGAGAAUAAAUUAUUAACUUUUGAUAAGGGAGGACUACCAGAAAUCCAAGUGGUAGUUAGUGUUCAGCAAAGUAAAUCAUAUCCAAAUGACAGCAUUUUGCGUGACAGAUUACAAUUACGUACAUCUCGAAUAGUUCCAUGGUUUUCCAACAAAUCAUUAAGAAUGACAAGAAUUGAACCCUAG